AUGCUGCAUGCAGGGCAGGGCUGUGCUGAUGGGCUGCAGGGCUGUGCUGAUGGGCUGCAGGGCUGUGCUGAUGGGCUGCAGGGCUGUGCUGAUGGGCUGCAGGGCUGUGCUGAUGGGCUGCAGGGCUGUGCUGAUGGGCUGCAGGGCUGUGCUGAUGGGCUGCAGGGCUGUGCUGAUGGGCUGCAGGGCUGUGCUGAUGGGCUGCAGGGCUGUGCUGAUGGGCUGCAGGGCUGUGCUGAUGGGCUGCAGGGCUGUGCUGAUGGGCUGCAGGGCUGUGCUGAUGGGCUGCAGGGCUGUGCUGAUGGGCUGCAGGGCUGUGCUGAUGGGCUGCAGGGCUGUGCUGAUGGGCUGCAGGGCUGCACAGGGCAGCACAGAGACAGCGAGGGGAGUGGGGGGGAGGGCGAGGAGGCAGGUGGGGAUGGGCGCAAGGGGCGGCAGCAGGUGACGGAGAGAGACGUGUUUGGGGAGUCCAGCGAGGAGGAGGAGGGGGAUGCGGGCAGGAAGCAGAGGAAGGGGAGCCGCUCGCCCCAAGGCACUCCCCUGGCGUCCCCUGUAAGUUUCUCCUCCUCUUGCCUCGCUGGGGGUGGGGAUGGGCGCAAGGUGCGGCAGCAGGUGACGGAGAGACACGUGUUUGGAGAGUCCAGUGAUGAGGAGGAGGGGGAUGCGGGCAGGACGCAGAGGAUGGCCAGCCGCUCGCCCCAAGGCACUCCCCUGGCGUCCCCUGUAAGGCACUCCCCUGGCGUCCCCUCGUCUCAAUCAGCAGUGGCACGAGUCGCAUCCAGCGGCAUGGGUAUGAGUCGGAGGAGGAGCCGAGGCACGAGACGGGCGGCUAUGACGAGUUUUGAGACGUCUCAAAAGCCAUCACCCACUGUCCCCCUUCUCUUCCCCCUGCGCUCCUCCCCUCGUCCCUCUCAGCAGCGGCAUGGGUAUGAGUCAGAGGAGGAGGAGCAGAGGCACGAGUGGGUUGCGGAUAGCGCCUCACAAGGUGAGCGACCCAAGGGGCCGCCCUUGGACCUCGACCGCUCUCUCUUUGACCCCCCUGCUCCACCUGACAAGUGGUCCAUGGGUUCAUCCCCGUCGCCACCCAAGGGCCUCCCUUGGACCUCCACCUCUCUCCCUUAUAACGUCCUGGCUCCACUCGACAAGAUGGUGAUGGUGAUGGCGACGGCAAGCAACAUCACGGGCGUCCAGGCGGCGCCUCUCGGUUCGGCCCUCAUUGCACGUUUGACUUUUGAGUCGAUUGCACGUUUCUGCCCCUCUCCGCCUCUCCCCGCCCCUCACUGCCUCUCUCCACUGCCGGCCAUUUGUGAUGGUGGCGACGAGCAACAUAGUGGGCAUCCAGCCAGCGUCCUUCCACCCUCAUUGCCCCUCCCCACCCCUCCCCAUCCCUCUCCGCCCCUUUCCACUCCUCGCCAGAUGGUGAUGGUGAUGGCGAGCAACAUAAUGGUGAUGGUGAUGGCGAGCAACAUAGUGGGCAUCCAGGCAGCCCCCUUUGACCCUCAUUGCCCCUUUCUGCCCCUCUCCACCCCUCUCUAUCCCUCUGGUCCGUCCUGUGCGCCAGAUGCACCUCAUUUGACCUUUCUGCCUCUCUCUGCCCCUCUCUACCCCUCCCCACCCCUCUCUUCUCCUCGCCAGAUGGUGAUGGUGAUGGCGAGCAACAUAAUGGUGAUGGUGAUGGCGAGCAACAUAGUGGGCAUCCAGGCAGCCCCAUUCGACCCCGACACGUACGAGGAGGGCGGCCCGCAGAACCUCAUUCGCUGGCGCCACGUGCGCCGCCCCGAUGGCACCAUGGGGGUGGAGAGCAAUGCGCGCAUGGUGCGGUGGUCGGACGGAUCUCUGCAUCUGCUGCUGGGUGCUGAGGUGCUGGCCACAGACAUCAAGAGCAUGCAGCACGAUAAGGCACACCUCUUCGUGCGCCACCCCAAGCAAGGGGUGGUGCAGGGGCAGGGGCAGCUGGUGGAGAAGAUGCGGUUCCGGCCGUUUGACACGCACAGUCUGAUCCACAAGAAGCUCACGCUGGGGCUGGACUCAAAGUACCGCAAGGGCAAGGAGCUGAAGAGCAUCGUCACCACGGGCGACCCCGAGAAGGAGAAGGAGGAGCGCGAGCGGAGCAUACAGCAGCAGAUUCGCACCAAGGAGACGCUGAGGCAGGAGCAGGAGAAGCGCGCACGGAAAUACUCCAACCAGCCGCAGCAGCGCGCCGCACGCGACCGCGAGCAGCAGCGAUACGGCGGCGGGUACCGGCAACAGGUGCGUGGAUUGCCGACAGGUGCAGCGCUCCCCCUCUUUACUCUUCCGCACUCCUCCCACCUCUUUCAUCCCGCCUGCGUCCUCCCCCUCCCCCACCAGCGCUCCCCCUCGCACGACCAUCGCCCUGCCAAGGUUGCAAAGGCCUCAGGCAGAGGAGGGCGGUACAGCGAUGAGGAGGACUCUCAAGGGGAGAGGGGGCGAGGGGGGUAUGAUGAGGGCCGGGGGGGGCGGGGCAGGAGAGUGGAGGAGUCUGAUGAUGAGGGGUACGGGCGGAGAGGGGGGGAUAGGGGGCGGGGAGGGGCGGAGGAGCAAGGGGGGGAUGAGGAGGAUUGGGCGGAGGAGAGGGGGGAGAGCAAGAAGGCGGCGGCGUGGCGGAGGAAGAGAGUGGUGGAGAGCGAUGAGGAUGAGUAG